AAUGGAGAAAACUUCGAAAUCUGUUCCCUUGAAGAAGAAAAAGAGGGAAAGUGAGCAAUUCCGUAAACUCUUUAUUGGUGGCUUGUGCUCUGAAACCACAGAAGAAAGUCUGAGGAACUACUACCAGCAAUGGGGAAAACUUACAGACUGUGUGGUCAUAAGGGAUUCUUCAAGCCAAAGAUCGAGAGGAUUCGGGUUUGUCAUCUUUUCAUCCAUGGCCGAGGUUGAUGCUGCCAUGGCGGCCAGACCUCAUUCCAUUGAUGGAAGAGUGGUGGCCUCCAAACGCGUUGUCCCAAGAGAGGAAUCUGGAAAGCCCGGGGCUCAUGUCACCACCAAGAAGCUGUUUGUUGGCGGAAUUAAGGAAGAUACCACGGAACGUCAUCUCAGAGAUUACUUUGAGAGAUAUGGGACUAUUGACGCUAUUGAGAUCAUUAGACAGUCUGGGAGGAAAACAGGCUUUGGGUUUGUUACCUUUGAUGACCAUGAUCCCGUGGACAAGAUCGUGUUGCAGAAGUACCACACCAUCAAUGGUCAUCAUGCACAACUAGAAAAGGCUUUGUCUAGACAAGGAAUGCAGGAAGUCCAAAGUUCUAGACGUGGAAGAGGACGCCACGUUGAUUUUGGAGAUAUUCCUGGUGGUGGUGGUGGUGGUGGUGGUGGAAAUUUUGGAGCAGGACCAGGAAGGAAUUUUAGAGGAGGAUCUGAGGGUUAUGCAAGAGGCCCUGUUUUGGGGGAUGGCUAUUAUGAGUAUGGAGGAGAACCUGCAGGUGGCAGUUUUCGAGGUUGCCCUGGUUAUGGAGGAGGAUAUGGUGAUAGAGGACCCGGAUACAGCAACCUGAGUAGCGGCUUUGGAGAUGGUUAUGGCAACUAUGGAGGAGGAGAUUAUGGAGACGGAAAUUACAAUGCCUUUGGAAAUUAUAACCAGGACCCUUCUAACUAUGGUCCAGUGAAGAAUGGAAACUUUGGUGAGAGAAGGCACAUGGUGGCUCCGUAUAGUGGAGGAGACUAUGGUCCAGGAGGCAGUGGAGGAAAUGAGGGGUAUAGGGAGGCCAGACAAUAUUGAGCUUCUUCCUGUUUUCCAUGGUCUUCACUGUAUAAGUAGAGGAUGAGAACUGAGAGAAAACAGAACAGCUUCAAGUUAUCGAAAUAAGAAUGUUAUACUCUUUUCGGUGACGCAUAAAUGUGCAGUGAUGUACAGAAAACAUUGGAACAGAUGCGGAGAAACAGUUUAACUUUUUGGUUGUUUCUUUCUAGUGGUCUUUUGUAAGAGUGUGGAAAUAUUCCUUCUUUGACUAUUACAUUUGUAAGUUUCAGGUGUUGCGUGGGGAAGUGGUUGUAUAUUUGUGAUUUAAUAAAAUAACU